UGUAAUUUGUAAGGUUAUUACUUAAUUAAAAUAUAAAGUUAUUUAUUGGAAUUGAUCGUUAUUUUACGAAAUUUGUCGUUAUGAAAAAUGGGCCUAGAAGAAUGGCAAGAAAUAAUAGCUUUGACUGCAUCAAUAUCAACAAUAUUACAGUUUUUGACAGGAAUAAUGGUCUGUCAAAAGUUUGUAGAAAAAGGUUCGACUGGUAACACAUCAUGUUUUCCAUUUAUAUGUGGGUUUUUAUCUUGCAGUUUAUGGUUACGAUAUGGCUUUUUAAUAAAUGAAGAAUCGAUGAUUCUUGUAAAUACAAUUGGCGGAACAUUAUUCUUGGCUUAUUGUAUGACUUACUUAUUCUAUAGCAUAAAAAAAUCCGUAGUUGCACGUCAAAUAUUUGGAGUAUUAUGUAUAUUAAUAAUUUGUAUUGGUUACACAACGUUUAUUGAAGAAAAACAUGAAAUAGCAGUAUUCCGUAUGGGUGUAUUAUGUUGUACCACCACUGUGAUCUUUAUAGCGGCACCGUUGGCAACACUAAUGCAUGUGAUUAAAACGAAAAGUACAGAAUCUCUUCCAUUUCCAAUGAUUUUAUCAUCAUGUUUUGUAUCGUUACAAUGGUGGUUAUAUGGUAUCAUAUUAAACGAUAUAUUUGUACAGUUACCAAAUUUUCUAGGAUUUGCAUUAUCUAUCUUUCAAUUAGGCAUAUUUCUUUGUUAUCCCAGUACGCCAACAAAAACUGCUGGCUAUAACUUAGUUAGUCAUCAGUUUUAGUGAUAUCAGUGAUAUUGUCACGAUCACAUCCAGUUUCACAUGUUUGGGUUAGAGAUUAAUUUUAAGUUAAAUAUUAUCUGUGUUGCUCUCACAGCGAAAUAACUAGUAAUGAUUGUCUCGAAGCGUAGCAGAUAAAUCAGCUGCUCUAAUUAAAACCAAAAUCGCAAGGUUUUAUUAAACAAUAUUUUAUUUUAAAAUGAUUUGUGCCUAGUUCUAUGGAACUUGAAGUCUAAGAAAGAUUAUAUCUAUCGAUAGAAAAAAGAAUCGUAUAUGUUAGCUCGCAUUGAUACAUAAUAUUAAACGGAUGUGUUGUUUACAAUGUUGUAAACAUUGCACACCAUACAUACAUAUAAAUAAAAGAGUUUAAUGUAAAAUUUUGACGUGAAAAAACAAACGAUUCCGUAAUCUACACUGUCUAUACAUGGUAUUUCAACAAUUAACUCAGUCAGUUGUUUAUUUUUAACUUAAAAAUUAUUUUUAACCUUAGGUGAUAUUGGAUAAAUUUUAAUCAGUCAGAUCACAAUAUUAAAUAAUCAGUGUUCAUCUAGUAUGU